AUGACGUUCAAGAGAAGGAACGGAGGUCGUAACAAGCAUGGCCGCGGCCAUGUGAACUUCAUCCGCUGCUCCAACUGCGGCAAAUGCUGCCCCAAGGACAAGGCAAUCAAGAGGUUUCUGGUGAGGAACAUAGUUGAGCAAGCAGCCGUGAGGGAUAUUCAGGAUGCCUGUGCGUUCGAUACAUACACUCUUCCCAAGCUGUAUGUUAAGGUACAACACUGCGUCUCAUGUGCCAUUCACUCCAAAGUUGUGAGGGUUCGCUCUCGCACAGAUAGGAGGAACCGUGAGCCUCCAAAGCGCUUUUUCCGCCCAAGGGAUGACCAGCCUAAGCCAGGCCAAGCCCCGCGUGUCGGUGGAGCACCACCUGCAGGCCCUCGGGUGUAA